CUGCAUCACCAGCACCGAAUACCGAACACCCACGCCACCGACCUGCUGCUGAGCAAAGCGAUGAGCAUCUGCAGCCAUGCUGCUUUCACAACUCCGACUGUGCAGCAAACGUCUGGCUGCAGGUAGCUCGAAUGCUGCCAGAUCCUUUUCCUCCGUCGCUCCAAACACCCCUCGAACAGCUUUGGUCGCGAACAGAAGGGAGCUUGGCAUCGCCUCAUACAAUGCCUUCACCUCGCAGCAUCGCAAAUAUGCUGCGCAAGCCGAGCAGACCGAUCGCGGCGUAGACCCUUCGGACUCUUUUCUUUCAGGAAACACUGCCAACUAUGUCGAUGAGAUGUACUCAGAAUGGAAACGCGAUCCUUCAUCCGUACAUGUUUCAUGGCAGGUCUACUUCAGAAACAUGGAGAGUGGCGACAUGCCCGUGAGCCGUGCUUUCACACCUCCACCAACUAUUAUGCCACAACCUGCCGGAGGCGUUCCAGCGCCCACUUUCUCCACCUCUUCUGGAGCCGCCGAGGCUCAGGGCAGUGACGUUAUGAACCACUUGAAAGUGCAGCUUCUUGUUCGCGCGUACCAGGCGCGUGGUCACCACAAGGCGAACAUCGACCCGUUGGGCAUUAGAGACAACUCGAAGAAUAUUCCAAGAGAAUUGGACUUGAAGACAUACAACUUCACAGAUGCUGAUAUGGAGACCGAGUUCACACUGGGUCCUGGUAUUUUGCCAAGAUUCAAGACCGAUAAGAGGCACAAGAUGACUUUGCGCGAGAUUAUUGAUACCUGUGAACGCCUCUACUGUGGCCCUUACGGUAUUGAAUACAUUCACAUCCCGGAUCGAGAACAAUGCGAUUGGCUUCGACAGAGGAUUGAGGUUCCCCAGCCCUACAAGUACUCCGUCGACGAGAAGCGACGCAUUCUGGACAGGCUGAUUUGGUCCUCUUCUUUUGAAAGUUUCCUAGCCACCAAGUACCCCAACGACAAGCGUUUCGGUUUAGAAGGCGGUGAAUCGCUCAUUCCCGGUAUGAAGGCCCUUAUCGAUCGCUCUGUCGACUACGGUGUCAAAGACAUUGUCAUCGGAAUGCCUCACAGAGGUCGUCUCAACGUGCUGUCCAACGUCGUCCGCAAACCGAACGAGUCUAUCUUCUCCGAAUUUGGAGGUUCUGCAGAUGCUGCUGAUGAGGGAUCUGGAGAUGUCAAGUACCAUCUGGGCAUGAACUUUGAACGUCCCACGCCUUCUGGCAAGCGUGUGCAGCUCUCGCUUGUUGCCAACCCAUCGCAUUUGGAAGCCGAGGAUCCAGUCGUGCUCGGCAAGACCCGCGCCAUCCUCCACUACAACAACGAUGAGACUCAUGCAACGUCCGCAAUGGGAGUGCUGCUCCACGGUGACGCUGCUUUCGCUGCUCAGGGUAUCGUAUACGAGACUAUGGGCUUCUAUGCACUUCCGGCAUACCACACGGGCGGCACGAUCCACCUGAUCGUCAACAACCAGAUCGGUUUUACCACUGACCCACGUUUUGCUCGUUCGACGCCAUACUGUUCUGAUAUUGCCAAGUUCGUAGAUGCACCUGUCUUCCACGUAAACGGUGACGACGUUGAAGCCCUCAACUUCGUCUGCCAGCUUGCUGCCGACUGGCGUGCUGAGUUCAAGAAGGAUGUGGUAGUCGACAUUGUAUGCUACCGAAAGCAAGGCCACAACGAGACGGAUCAGCCAUCCUUUACUCAACCACUGAUGUACAAGCGCAUCAGCGAGCAACCGCCUGUCCUCGACAAGUACGUCAAACAGCUCCUUGACAACAAGACUUUCACUCAGGAGGACAUCGAUGAGCACAAGAGCUGGGUGUGGGGCAUGCUCGAGGAGUCUUUUGCACGAUCAAAGGACUACCAGCCAACUGCCAAGGAAUGGCUCACCAGCGCAUGGCACGGCUUCAAGUCGCCCAAGGAGCUCGCUACUGAGGUCUUGCCCCAUCUCCCAACCGGACUUCCAGCCGACCAGCUGAAGCACAUUGCCAAAGUCAUUGGCGAGCCACCAGAUGGUUUCCAUGUCCACAAGAACCUGAAGCGUAUUCUGGCCAACAGAUCAAAGACUGUCAAUGAGGGCAAGAACAUCGAUAUGUCCACUGCUGAGGCUCUCGCUUUCGGCUCUCUGUGCAUGGAAGGCCACCACGUACGUGUUUCAGGUCAAGAUGUAGAGCGCGGUACAUUCUCGCAGCGCCAUGCUGUCCUCCACGACCAAGAGAACGAAGACACAUAUACGCCUCUGAAGCACGUAAGCAAGGAUCAGGGAUCCUUCGUCAUUUCCAACUCCAGCUUGAGCGAGUUUGGUGCACUUGGAUUUGAGUACGGAUACUCGCUCUCUUCGCCGAACGCUCUCGUCAUCUGGGAGGCACAAUUCGGCGACUUUGCCAACAAUGCCCAAUGUAUCAUCGACCAGUUCAUUGCUUCUGGAGAAGUCAAGUGGCUUCAGAGAUCUGGUCUGGUAGUGAACCUCCCACACGGUUAUGACGGUCAAGGCCCAGAGCACAGUUCUGGUCGUAUGGAACGUUUCCUCCAGCUCUGUAAUGAAGAUCCUCGCAUCUUCCCAUCGCCAGAGAAGCUUGAACGUCAACAUCAGGACUGCAACAUGCAGAUCACAGUCUGCACAACUCCUGCCAACAACUUCCACAUCCUCCGUCGACAAAUGAACAGGCAGUUCCGCAAGCCGCUCAUCUCAUUCUUCAGCAAGAGCUUGUUGCGUCACCCACUCGCACGAUCAAACAUCGAGGAAUUCACCGGCGAGAGCCACUUCCAGUGGAUCGUGCCAGACCCAGCGCACGAUGAGAAUGCUGAAUUCAAGAUCGACUCACAUGACAAGAUCGAGCGCGUCAUCCUCUGCUCCGGACAAGUCUUUGCUGCACUUUUCAAGUACCGACAGCAAAACAACUUGACUAACACCGCCAUUACCCGUAUUGAACAACUUAACCCAUUCCCAUGGGCGCAGCUCAAGGAAAACCUUGACAGCUAUCCCAACGCCCAGACCAUCGUUUGGUGUCAGGAAGAGCCACUCAACGCCGGUGCAUGGUCUUUUACCCAACCAAGAAUAGAGACCCUUCUCAACCACACAGAACACCAUGACCGAAAGCACGUCAUGUACGCUGGCCGUAACCCAAGCGCAUCAGUCGCUACCGGUCUCAAGAGCAGUCAUCUGAAGGAAGAGCAGGACCUGCUCGAGAUGGCUUGGAGCGUGAAGCAGGACAAGCUCAAGGGAGAAUAGACGCAUGGAGAAGUGUUAUGCAUUGCGGGUGGUGCAACAUAAAGAUUUUUUUUUCUGCUGCGGUUGUGAUUAUGUGUCCUUGAGCCGGGAAAGCUGCACGAUUAUACAUAUUGACACGG